CUACGAGUAGGGUAUUGGACGAGUUGACUUUUUAUCGAGCACAGGCUUCGCUUCUAUAAGUAGCUGAGAUCAUCGUGGAUCCUAGCACACAAUAACGAAACCACCUCGACAUCUCUACAGAGUUCACUUCCUCUCUGAAAGUAUCAACAUGAUUCAAUACGUUGUCUUGGCUAUUUUAGUUGGAACUGCUUGCGCAGCCCCAGCAGCUGAACCAGAAGCUGCACCUCAUCAUGCGACUCAACCACACGGAGCAUCAGCUCACGAAACGUCAGCUCACGAAACAGCACCAGCACACGAAUCAUUAGCCCAUGCGCCAAUAGCAAUUGAGGCUGUUGAACACGAAAUAAAUGACGCACCAGCUAGUCCAGCUCAUGUUGAGCAUGCUUCUGGUCCAUUUUCUGGCCCAUCCUCUGGUUCAUUUUCGGGCCCAUCCUCUGGUCUCUCAUCUUCUGGUCCAUCACCGGUUCCAGCAGCAAAACAACUUUUGAUUGCUGAAUACCCACUUUUGAAGACUCCAGCAUCAACCGCUAAACUUACACCAGUUGCUACUUCAUUUGUAGCACCUAUUCCACCUCUUACUUAUGCUGCUGCUCCCGCUGUCUUGACAUCGUAUCCCGCUUGGGGUGGACUUGCCGCUCUUCCUGCGAGCUACUCGAUUGAACAACAUGGUUAUCAUAUCACUUAUUAAUUGAUGCACUAUCCGAUUUCUUGCUUUAUCAACAUCAAGUCAGAUAUCAACGCCGGAAUAAUCACAAGUCGCUUGGUAAAGAAAAUUUAAAACAUUGAAUUCCUUUCUCUUCUUAGCCUGGAAUCGGUAAUCUCAAUUUCUUUAUAACGCAUCACCGUUAUUUUAUUAUCAUUUAUCAUUUAUCAAUCAUUCUUCAUGUAUUUAAAAAAAAUCAUGCGCAUAAAAAAAAUUAUGAUGACAGAAAAAAAAAAAAAAAAAAAAAAUAAAAGCUCAAUUUUUUUAAAAACUA